CUAUUACUUGUAACAUGUAAACUGGUGUGAUGUAAAACCUGUGGGACUGGUAACCACUACGUAAGGAGCUUAUUGCUGUAAUUCCGAUUAUUGUGACUGAAGUAAAGGUAGUGGACAAAUAAAUGGAAACACCUAUCUAAAGUCAGUUAGCAAGGCUUUGAGAAGUCUCUAGGUACUGGGGAAUAGAGCCAGCCUGGAAUUCUGCAAGAUGAGGUGAUGCCUGAUGGAGAUGCAAAAUGUCUCAGUCAUCAUUCCAGAAUAUUCCAUAAAUGCCUACAUAAAUGCUCACUUGGGUUCAGACCUGGUGACUGAGAAGGCCUUGAUAUAUUGAUAACAUUAGUGUCACAUGGUUGUGAUGACACAUACUCUUUGAAUGAGGGUAGUGUCAUCUUGGAGGACAUCCCUCCCAACAGGAAAGAAAUGCUGCAAUAUGGAGUGCAGAUGGUCGUUCAUCACCACUUAGUAGUCAUUUGCAUUGGUACUGCCUUCCAAGGAAAUGAGUGCAUGCAAAUCAUGCCAGGAAAAUGUACCCCAUAACAUUAAAGAACCACCCGGACCCUUGACUGUUGGGAGUUCAGGUCUUUAGAGUUCUUUAGGUUUUUAGCACAUGUGGAUUUACCCAUUUGUUGAGAACAUAGUUACUUUAUUGUCCACUACUGUGUACAUUUGUCUUUGGCUUCUCCCAUAAAAGAACAAAAUACACAAGCAAAACAUAAAGGUCACAUAAAAUCACAUGAAGUACAUGAAAGUACAUGGUGAAGAAUGAUUCACCUGAUCCUAUCACGUUACGCAACUGCUUUUUGCACUGCUGCCUAGCUAUAGUAUCUGACUAUGUAGAGUACUUGGUGGAACCUUUUUGAUUGAACUGGGUGCUUGUGCCCCAGUUUAAAAUGUGUAAUCAGUUAAUCCGAAGGUGCUCACCUGUUUUCCUUGAACUUCAGAUGUAUGCACAUUUAUCAUGAUUCUUUAAUGCGCACCUCCCUCCUAUCCCUCCUAUCCCCUUCCAUGCUGACAUCCCCUGUGUUUUGUUUAGAUCUUGUGAAAAAUCAACAAUCUGUGUUAUGUUGCUGAAGCUCUUUACAAACUGCCCCAAUAAUCACCCCUCUUUCAGAGUCACUGAGGUCUCCUCUUGCAAUCAUGCUGCCCAUAAUGAUAAUUUGAUAUUGGCUUUCUGCCUGUCGAUGGUGGUGGGCCUGCUGAUCGGCUCUUUGGUGUGGGUCCUCCUGACAUGGAUGUCCAGGCGCAGGGCCUCAGCCAGCAUCUCCACACGAAACCCACGGCAGUCCCGCGCUCCCUCGCACAGCCGCUCCGGCUUCUACCGCAACAGCAGCUACGACCGGCGCAGCAACAACAGCCUCGCCAGCGCGGCCUUCACCUUUCACCGGCAGGCCUCACUGGAGCAGCCCGACCCCCUGGGGCGCAAACCCAGCUUCCGGGCCUCCACUUUCCACCCGCUGUUGCAGUGCAGCCAAAUCGCGCGUGAGGCCGAAGAGGGCAGUCAGACCACGCUACCGCGAAGCACGGCGGGCUCUGGCUCCGGCUCAAAUGUUGCUACCCCGGCCCGGCCAGACUCCUUCUGGUGCAGCAGCAGUCUGCGCGGGUUUCACGCCACUCAGACCCCCCCGCCGGCUUACGAGAGUGUGAUACGGGCCUUCCAAGAGACUUGCACUUGAGACGCUGUGGCAAACAGAGCCGUGACUAUGGUUUUCCACUUGGAUACAGCUGCUUAAAAACAGCAAUCCAUCAGUCUAAAAAUUGGGGCUUGUAAGGAAAAAGUCAAUAACUGCUGGACACUUUGAUUGGUUCAAGGGUUUUUGUUUUGAUUACGGGAUAUGAUUUGAGUAUUGUGUGUGCAUGUUUUGUCUGAGGUGGUUCUAGUCUCGUGACGACAUCUUAUUUUCUUCGACAAGCUGUAACAGACCUGACUCUGGUCCACUUCCUUCUGUUAAUGCCCUUCAGAGUCAGAAUGUGCUCAACAUCCCCGAAUUGAGAUACUAUAACAGGCAGCACAAUGCUGUUUGGUUUUUUGUGGGUUCAGAAAUAUCAAUCUGACAAAAAAAAAAAAAUCUGGAACACCACUUUCCCAAUAUUGCUAGGUUUCAAUAGGUAAUGUCACGUUUCACAAAAACAAAGGUCCUACUGCCAAUCAAUGUUGGCCCUACAUCUGAAAAACCCUUUUAACCUAGACAUAACACACAUAACAUAUCUGGAUUCCAGCCAGACCAUUAAUAACUUUAAAAUCAGCACUCUUUGAGAAAGCUAAGAAUUAGUUCAUAAUCUGUAGAAAUUUCAGAAUGUUCCAUUUCCAGUGGAAAAACACAGAAAGUGUGCAUCUGAGCUUAAAGGGAAAAAAAUGGCAGUGUUCAGCUGUUUCAAUAUAUUAAUAUUUUAUUUUUAUUUUAAAUGUAUGGGAUAUCAGUGAUGAAAGAAAAACAGGUUAUCUCUAGAAUUAAAGUGUUUUGAUUGGUUUCCAUCCAACAGAAGUGCAGACUUUAUUUAACUUAAUUCAACCUGUCACAUUGACUGAAAGUAUUCAAUUACAUCGGAAAGUAUGUCCUAGAUCUUAUUGUACAGGAACACAUUGUUAAAGGUCAAGUGCUAUGUACUUGGGGUGUGUCUUUUGGAGGAGAUAAAUAUGUGGGUUUAUUAUUGAAAGUAUUUAGGUCUUUGUAAUAUUUUUGUAAUAAAAAGCUGAUGACUCUUUGCA